AUGGCCGACGAUAUCUUCGGCCAAACUCCUGACGUACAUAAUGCCGGAUCUUCGAGUAUCGAUCCUGCUGCAGAGUUCCGUGAUUCGGCACGAGAUCUUGUAGCCCAGGCUUCUGGAACUUCGGCCGACUUCUUCGCUUUAAGAUCAGUCGGUUCCGUUCGCAGUACAUCGUCAGUGUCCUCCGACCAUUGGGAGGGACUAGAGGAAAAUGACUCCUCCGUGCUGGCGGAAGAGUCACAAUGUGUGUCUCUUGCCGCCCGGCGCAGUCCUAUGCCUGUGCGCUUCAUCGGUCUUCCGCACGAACUGCCUUUCACACCUUCCAUUCUAUUGAAUUACUAUUUUGAUCACGUCUGUACCAUUGUGUGUACUUUUGACGGGCCAAAGAACCCCUUUCGCACCGUCAUGUCGGCUCGCUGGCCACAUUCCGCCAUCGCCUUCACAGCUGCACAGAGUCUUUCAGCGGCUUGCCUUGCUAAGCAAACGGUGGAGUUGAAGCCCAUUGCAGUACUUGCGCGCAAGGAAGCGUCAAGAGCGCUCGGCACUGAGAUCAAGGCUGCAGCCGGUCUCACCCCGGACCGUCUGAAUGAACUACUACUGGGGCUGCUACUGCUGGGCGUCAGCAGCUCUUGGCACGAUCCAAACGAUAUGGGCAUCCGUUAUUACUCGGUCGCGGUGGCAGUCACGAGGAUGAGCUCAAUGAAGAAAGCCAAAGAGCAGAGCAAUAGCAACAACAAUGCUUUCUUCCAACAAGCUUUAACGUAUUGGUGGAUGCUUUUGACACUCGUCUCCGAUCCUUCGAAACACUUUCUUGAGCUUCCGCCGCAUCUUGGAACUGUCGACAGAAUCGGGCCUCUGAUAUUGGAUAACUCGGUAAUUCUUUUACAUCCUUGGGCGGGUAUUUCUACGGAGGCUCAAGUAUUGCUUGGACGCGUUGCCCGUCAUGCGCAAGCCCUGCGGAUAGUGAGACAGAAGGAGACCAGCGAUCCACUGGACGACAGCCUGCACGAUUUCGUUUCGGAGGCCACCGGACGAGAGGUCGAGGAGCAGGCUAUCAACCUCCAGACUCACUUUCGACAUGAGAUCGCCGAUCCAGAAGAUCCAGAAGUUGACCUUAACGGGUUUGUGGCCAUCAACGACGCAUAUCGCGACGCCAUACUGAUUCUGAUAUAUCGAACGUUUCCCGGCAUUCUGAGGUCUAGGCAUGGAGCCGCUACGCGAACUGGCGUCGAAGGGGUCACCAGUGAUCAGCAUAGUCGUGCCACAACUGCCCAACCCGAGAAGGGCCGAAAACAGGACUUGUUCAAUCUGGCCCUGCAUGUCCUUGAGACCCUGAGCCGCUUCGAUCGCAGUUCUCGUAUUCUAGGGCUUACUCCACAUCUACUCAUCAUUGCUGCUGGAGAAUUACGUCCUCUGCCCGAUUCAAGGUCCGCAGAAGCUGAUGCCAGCGUUCCGCUUGAGGAGCCAUGUUGCCAAUUUCGUUCCGCCCCGGCGAACAUAGCAGACCUGCGGAUAUUCGCCCUGGAUUUUGCCGAGAAGCUCAUGCAUUUUUUUCAUUUCAUGCCCUUGAAUCGGAUGCGCGACACAAUGAUUGAGACUUGGAGGCGCAUGGAUCAAGGAGAAGACGCAUUCUGGCUUGAUAUCAUGAACGAAAAGGGCUGGGAGGCGUUCAUGGGCUGA